AUGACUAAACAACUAGAAGACCCCAAGUUCAUUAAACUUCGAGAGCAGGUUAGUGAAGGGAAAGCUGAAGCUCAUAAUUCUAGAUACUCAGUUCAUCUUGGUGGAGACAAGAUGUACGAAGAUUCAAAACUCAUGUUUUGUUGGUUGGGUAUGAAAAGGAAUAUUGCAGAAUUUGUUGCUAAGUAUUUAACGUGUCAAAAGGUCAAGAGUGGGCAUAACAGACAUGCCGGACUUACUAAGUUGGCAAGGUUUAUUCCAAUGAAUUGUAAGUGGGAUAUGGAACAACUUGCUUGUGCUUAUAUUAAGUACGUGAUUCGUUAUCAUGGGAUACUUCGUAUUAUUGUUUGCGAUCGGGAUACUCGAGUUCUAAUGGCUCAAUUUGAAGCACUUUAUGGUCGUAGGUGUCGUAAUCUUGUGUGUUGGGUUGAUUUUACUGAAUCUGCUACCUUAGGACCUGAAAUGCUUGUUGUAAUGACUGAGCAAGUGAAGUUAAUUUGA